AUGCACGAUCAGGAAGGCGAGGGUGAGCCAGCGCAUCAUGCGCGCCGCCCUAUGAACGCAUUCCUCAUAUUCUGCAAGCGUCACCGUAGCGUUGUCAGGGACAAGUAUCCCAACCUUGAGAACAGAUCAAUCACGAAAAUUCUUGGCGAGUGGUGGGCCAACUUGGACAAAGAGGAGAAAGCCUGCUACACAGGUCUUGCUAAACAGGUGCAUCAUCUAUUAUUUGCUAAGAAAAUAGUUUUAUUAAUAUUUAAAGAAAUGUUAAGACAACAACUGACCUAUUUCUCUGUUCUUCUCCAGUACAAAGACGCUUUCUUCAGCGCUAACCCUGACUUCAAAUGGUACAAGUUGCCAGCACCGCCACUUCGCACACUCUCGUCUCGGCCUAGAGAUCAAAACGACAAGCAGGUAGAGUCCCCCACUAGUGAUCACCAAGACCAUGAACUAGAAAAAACCAACAACAACUCCACUAAAGUUGAUUUCAACAAGAAACCAAGAGUAGACUUUUUCGAAGACCCUAAAUCACUCUCCAUGUUUACGCCUGGCAAACUGGCCGAUGAGGCCCAUAUGGGAGGCCUCAGCAGCCUCCUAGCCACUAAGACUGAAACUCAAACUACAAACCCUUACUACUCACCUCCAUGCUUUAAGAUUAACACGAUCUCAAACGAAUACAGAUCUCAUAACUUAAUAGAAAGGGCUAAACUGAAAAGCCACAACAGAGAAGACGACAUACGCGAACUUCAGAACGCACUCACUGAAACUACUAAAGUGUUUGAAGAAGACUUUGAUGAUGAGAAACGAAGGAUAUACUAUGGUAUAUCCAACGAGGGCGGGUACACUAAUCAGGAUGUGAUAGACCAAAUCGUUGAUAAGAGGUACUCCAAAGACGAUGAUUACCAGAGGAACUGGUCAGAUGAUGAAAAAAAUAUGAGAUCUGGAAGAUCGUGCAAGGGUAAACGGUACCAGGAAUUCAUGGCUGUUGGGGGACUUAUUGUUAACAAGAGGCAGAAGAGGGAUUCAGAUAAGCCAGACGACAACUACAACGCUGCCUGUAGCUGGGAUCCUGGUUGUUCGCGGAGCGACGAGUCUUACACUUCGACCAUUGAUGAUCCGAAACAAAGCUGUUCCUUAUUCGACAAGUCUGCUGACAGCGAAGAAAAAAUCGACACAUUCGAUGGGCCUGAACCAGACAAUAAUGUUAACAAAACCUUUAAGGCUGCUGAUUUUGACUUAGACGCCAAAAUAAGGGCAUUACCCUCGCUUAGCUUAGAAAAGUUUCAACAGAAAAAGCGCGAGAACAAACGUAAGAAGAAAACAAUCAAUCUAAAGCCAAAAGUGCACGAGCCUUCUCAAAUAGUCAAUUCAGUUCCUAGGCCGAUGUUAGAUGACAGGCGGCACAUAGUGAACAAUUGGCGGGACACCAUGAUCGGCAGUCAGAAGCGAAAACCGAGGAAGAUAAGCAUCACUCGAUUCGAGAUCAACAGCAUGGUUUCGAGCGUGGAUUUGAAUGAGGUUCACAACAUUAGUCCAGAAAUAAAGAUUGCUACUGAAGCGCCCUGCACAGUUGUCCAGAACAUGGAGAUUUGCAAGCAGACUCAGCACAGCGUUGACCUGCUCGCUUUAACUACUCUCGCAGAGGUCGCAUCCAACACCUCGAAGCUGGACGACACGUCCAUGAUAGACCACAUGACCGCCACGGCAGGCGACCACGCUUCAUUGGAGUUUGUGCCACAUGGCAGAACAGUGCUAGCAAGACACCCGGGACAGAUAUAUAGUAAACAUAACUCAUCAGCAUCAGAGAAUUCUCUGUUGUACAAGCUCACUAACUUUGGUAUUAAGGAUGAGAGUCUGUUGGAGACAAAGGAAGAGGAGCAGGAGUGGUGGUGCAUCAGAGAAGUGUAUUACAGGAGUGAGAAUGAUAUUGAAGAAGAACAAUCACAAAAUAGAGACUCUAAAUAUGAAUACAACUCUGAAUCAUUCCGAGCUCCGAGUCGGCUCAAAACUGACUUCAAUAUCUCCAUUAAAUCUGAGCUUUUAAAUACUAUAAAGAAAAUGGACUCAGAAGCUACAAGCUCCGCAGGACCCUCAAGGGGUAGUUCAGCAAAUAGCUCUAGUAAUAUGUCCAAGAAGUUUAAUUUAAAUACUGGAAAUAAACAAGGCUCAAAGAAGAAACCAUUGAAUCCAAAGACUGAUUGCAGUUAUGAAGAAGAGUUGUAUGUGAAAGGCUGUACUGCUAUAUGGUCUAAAGGUCUCAUAUCAACACCAGCUACAAAACUCUCAGACCCAGAGCACAGAGAAACCAUAGCUUGUUACACAAUAGAAAAUCCCAUUAAACAUGCCGUCUUCUGCAAUUUCUAUGUUGACAUUAAAAAUACUAUGCUGAUAGAUGCUUUAAACUCACAGAUAGGUGAUGUGAAGAAAAAUAUAAAGAUUGAAGACACAAUAGAACACAUAGAAACCAAAAUUAUGCCCGCAAUAUUACUAAUUAACAGCAAGUAUAUGAAAGUUUAUGCGAAUGACGGACGAGAAUACCUUACAAGCAUUCCAUUUCAAAUCAAAAAGGUCUGGCCCAUGAAAUAUGGGGUGCUAUUAGAGAAGGAAGCUUCACCAUUGUCUCAAAACUCCAUGAUGCCUAACUCAUUUUCAAAACUGAACGAAUCUAACAAUAGCUCUUUUUCCAAAUCAAAAUCUAACUUUCCAUUCAACAUGAGUAGCAAACUCCGCAUUGAUUCAAUAUCUGGUUUCGACCAAGAUGUGACUUUACCAACUUGUUUUUCUGUUACCCAUCCUUUGGACGAAGUAACCCCCAUAUUAAUGAAAUCCCCAUCCCAAGGUCUUCAAUACUACAAUGAUGGCGAUUUACAAAUAAUAUUUGUCAGUUCAAACCCCAGUAUUAUUCUGUUAUAUGAUUGGAAAUUAGGCACACACUCACUUUGGAGGAUCAGAAAAUCUGUCCGCGAUGAAUGCCUCAGUAUGUGCCCAAACAUGAAUUCCUCUACCACAGUAUUCAGCCAGUCUUGUGACUACAUUGGUAGUCCAAUGCAAAGUCAGAGAAAUCUGACUAGUUGGGCGACUGGUUUAGGCAGUCCCUAUCAGUCAAAGAGAAUUCCUGGUACACCGACUAUGUCCAGAUCAAGAGUCAACAGUCCUAUGGCAAAUAUAUUCCAUCAGCAGGGAUUGUCUCCACAUGGAUCGAUCGGUCAAGCGUCCAACAUGUCCAUGAUGCCAAAUACUGGGUCUCAGAACCCGCCAUCAUUGCCUUUGUAUCCAGAUAUUUGUUUGGACCACAUUUGGACUGACACUCAGAUAAUCAGACGUGAUCCGAUUGAAUCUCCAGGUGAUAUGAAGGCUUUUCUUCAUACAGAUUUAGUUGGGCAUGAUUACUUGUGUUUUUUGGUUAAGAUUGGGGGUGUUUCUAAGUUGCAAAUAGUCAGGCUACAAAGGUCUCAUUCACACGGACAGACUUUUAAGACGAAUUUAAUGGUGGGAGCUGUGUCAAAUGUGUUGGCGAAAGAUGCUGUUGUUUUGGAGCAUCUCAACAUGAUGGCGUUGAUUGAUGAAGCUGGGAAUAUCAUAUUACAGUCUGGGAACAGUUUUGUUGGGAAGGUCCACGUUGGAGGUGUAUUAGCCCGUCUGAUAGACUCGCCAUACACAAAACGCCCCACAUUUCAAUCCCCUUUCCCACGUCGAAGUAGCUUACUGCCAAGCAGAGUGAACGAUGCCACAUUUGAUGAUUCUGCUCUACAUCUCCUGUCACCCGUUCCCCAUUCUUCUGCUUCUAGACUGGAGCAAAAAGAAAGCUUAGGUCUGUGUGGCCUAUGCGACGCGGCUGGGAACCGCCUCACUCUCCAGUUUGAGGCGGGCUCUAUGUACAGGAUCUCGCUACCGCCCUUGACUUGCUCCACGCUCGUCACUCGCUGCUACACUGCCCUAAGAGCGAUUUUACCUAAAGAUGUUACUAUGCAGGUCAUCAUCAAGUGGUACGGAGUACGAAACGCUCCUGGCACUCAAGAUCUUACACCAGAACAAGAAUGGUCCAUGUUCUCCACACUCCUUCUCUCUCUAAUAGGCUAUGACGUGGAACGUCUGAACAAACACCAUGAUGACUCUGAUCACCCUGAAGUUGCAACGAAAAAACAGAGAACCUCUAGUGAUGGGACACUUGACGACUGGGAUUAUCUUCUAAAUUCAAAAAUGCAUAAAGCUAUAGGACCUUCUUUGACCAUGCUAAAGUUACCCAUACCGAAUGUUGACAGUCACAAAAAAAGGCGGUCCAGUGUUGACGUUGAAAAAACGGGCCAAUUCAACACUAACUCUUUACUAUACCCGUAUAUAUUACAGGUGCUGUAUUCCCUACACUUAGUUUAUGAAGAAAUAAAACUAAAUACUCUUUUGUGUAACAAUUUAAAACCUUUAUCGAACUUUUUGUAUCAAAUUUCGAAAGAUUUGAAAUUGGAAGCGUACGUAAAUCAUUACUGGCUGGAUUUCCCAACGGAUUUGAAUUUGGAAUACGAAGAUGACUCUCAGAUAACGGAGGAGAAUUUAAAGAAAAUAUCUGAACCUGCGUACUUUAACCGAUACCCGCCAAAUAUUUAUUCAUACUUGAAUAGCAUGUUGAAGAAUUUGGAUGUGGGACAUUAUCCUUAUUUGGCUAAUGUCAACAAUAUGUCCAGGGAUAUUAUUGAGAUUAUAUCAAUAGUAGGGUGUGGCCGCAGUGCAGGCGUACAAACGAUAUCACAUCGCGACACUAUGGCCGCCAGCAGUACGCCGCGUGCUAGAAGAGAUCCACAGAAUUAUUUGUCGCCUUAUUGCCAGGCUGUUAUUACCGCUGUCGAUAAAGGUAUAACUCUUCGUGAUAUAGACAGCCUGCCUCCGGCAGUAGCCCUCCUUCUCCUCACAAUACUGUCGCGCUGCAAGAGCUCUCCUCCAGCAGACUGGCCUCCCGAGGCCUAUAAUCUGGUGAUGAGAGAAGACCUGGCCCACCAAGCUAAUGUGGCGCAGACUAUGAGUACCGCCAACGAUUAUAUGGAGUUCAUAGCCAUGGAGGUCCUGGAAAAAGACACGGUAUACACAAUGGCGAAACGGGUCGUAGAUCCUCCUAGAAGCAAUCCGGAGGACGCUGACGUCAUAACUGGCUGCGAGCACCUCAAUACCCAGUUGCUCAGCUUAUUGUAUCCUAGAGAUCACAGAAUGACUGAAGUGAUAAAUUUACUUCAGUCAUCCAUCCCGGUCACCAUUAACUUGACACAGCGGCCAGAGGUCUCUGAUCACGAUUUUAUAGAAGAACAGGAGAAGUAUUUGUAUGCUAUCAGUACUAGAACUAUGGCGUUACCGAUUGCCAGGGGCAUGGCGACGCUGCGCACGGUGCCGAGCGGCGCCACGCAGGGCGCGCAGGUGCCGCGCGUGUGCGUGUGGGGGCGCUGGCGCGGCGCGGGCCUGGGUAUAGGUGAACGCUAA